CUUCUACAUCCUUGCUUAGCUCCUUGGAGCGGUGGUGGGAGCUUCUCUGCUUUACAAAUUCACUCCUGGCGAGGUCCAUGGGAGCCUGGGAGUCAAUGGGGAAAACGGUUUAACAGGCAAGCAUCCUCCUGUCUACGCUUAUUAUUUUCUUAUCUACACAGCUAAAGAGAUUUGUCAGAGAAUCAGCAAUUAAGAAAACCUGGGUGAGCCAAAACUUUCCUUCUUUUUUACUCACGGAACUAAGGGAGAAGAAAAUAAAAAUAGCCUAUCUUUUUUUAUUGCAAAAAGCUGACAUGGAAAAUAGCAUUAUAAAGAUUACAACGGAUGAGGGUUUUCUUUUUGACUUAUAAGACUUUGGUGUAAUAUAUGUCUGGGACUAUUUUUUCUGAUCUACUUUUUUUUUUUUGACGAAUCUGCUCAUUUUUUCUGCUACUAGUUUUUUGGACGCUGUGAACUAAAGCUGUUUUUGCACUUCUGGGCAUAUAAGAGAUAAGGGCUGUCUAGAGUGUGACGCCAGUUGGUUUGAAAGAUUAACUCCUUUGUAACUGGAUAAAGAAAUAAACUGUUCUUUGCUUGGGACAUUGAAAAUUGAAGGAGUUUUGUUCCUUUGGCUUUAAGAAUGACAGUUAAGAAGAUCAUGGAUGUACAAGAAGGGACUUUAUCUUUAGACAUGUUUCAGAAAAUAAUGAAUGGGAUUAACUCAAUAAAACAAGAACUGAGAAAUAAUAGUCAAGCGUGGAGAAUUGAAUUUGACGAAAUGAGACAGGAGCUGAAAGGAAUUCAGGAUUCUGUGAGAAAGGAGAAUAAAGAUGGAUCUGGAAAGCCAAAAAAGGAUGAAAGAGAAAUUAAAGGCAAGGUUCAAACUAUGGAGAUUGGAUUAAAUAUGGAUAUGGAAAAAGAUUUGGAUUUCCUGGCUGUGAUGGAUUCUGGAGACAAAUAUUACAGUUUGGAACUCAGCGCUGUCACUGAAGGAAUUGAAGAGAUUGGAGAUAAAGAUAUUAUCGGUUCAAAAAAAUUCCUGGACUGGAAGGAUUUGAUGGAACUUGAAAUGGAGAAAGCUAACAGAAUUAAUCCCUAUUUUGUGUCAAUGGAAAAAUCUUCAAGAGAUGUGCUAGUGUAUCAUAUAAAAAAGAGGAACAGAGAUGCGGCUUUGCAACAAUACUUCAGUGAUAUGUUCGGAACUGAUGGCAAGAAAAUAUCUGUGAUAAAAGAAAUUCCUAUCAGACUCUUAUUAUAUGACUAUGACAGCAAGAUUAUUGGGCACGUAAAGAUGGAAGAUGGAAGAUGGAACCAAUACGGAUAAUGGAAGAAGAGCGAUUUGAAAUUACUGGAUUUAGUAGACUUGAUGAGUUGGAUUAAUUGACAUGUUUAUCUAGAAAAAAAAUUGAUGGACAUAUAUCUCAAGAAUUGGAAACUUCUCUUUGACUUUUUGUGGAAGAAUAAAAUGAUAUGAUGUUAAUGAGAUUUGUAACCAAUUAAGAUAACCGCUGGAGGAAGGUGAUUUUAUAAUCUAUAAGAUACAGGCUUGUUAUAUAUUAUAGAC